AUGGUGUCCUCGCUUGAUGAGGGACACCCUGGCGACAAUAUCAUCGAUGGCCGGGAAGACACCUACUGGAUAUCCACCGGCCUCUAUCCUCAGGAGAUACUACUCGCAAUGAGUGAGCGCUCCAUGGUUUCCACAGUGAAGAUCGUCACGAGCAAUGUGCGGGGACUGCGAAUAGAAAGCUGCGCAGAGGACGAUCCAGUCAAUUUCAAGACUUUGGCUGAAGACGAGUUGGAAGAGUUGUCAGGCCGCCUGCAGGUCAAGGAGAUCCCGUGCCAGGGAGUCGAACCCGCGGCCUACAUCAAGGUCAUGGUUCUUUCAGGCUAUCACGACUUUUGUACAGUUCAUCGUGUCAUAGUAGAGUGA